CGCCAUGUCAUCAUCUGAGGGAGAGAACAACGACGAUGGGCCGCAUUCGCACACCUCGAAGAAAAGGCGGGUUCAGAUAUCGCGUACAUGUGAUCAGUGCAGGUCGAGGAAAGUCCCUUGCAAUGACUCUCAAGCCACGCUAGAUGGCAAGUGUGACAAUUGCACUUACGAGGAUCUCGAAUGCACCUAUAACCAGCUCAUAAAGAAGCGUGGGCCGCCAAAAGCCUAUAUCGACGGCCUCGAGACGCGUCAUCGGAAACUAGAAGAAUUGAUUCGAAAGCUCUUCCCCGAUGCAGAUUUUUCUGAAGAGUUAGGCCCAUCGAUCGAACCGUACAGCUGGUCUCAGGAUCGGGUGCCAGGCGGAGACUUUCUAGCGACUGCCAACCGUGCCAGCCCAGUUCGUGUCUCUUCUCCGGAACCGCCGUCCUAUAUCCCCACAGCCGGCCCCAGCCACUUGUCAGUCAGCGGCGACAAUGGCUACGAGCCAAUCCAGCUGCUCGAGAACAAACUUAGUGGCCUAACUCUCGAACCUUCCGAGGAUCGCUUCAUGGGGGAAUCCAGCACAGUGCAUAUUCUACAACAAGUGAAGGACUUUGGGUCUGAGUAUGCGGGUCGAGAGGUCGACGAGCGUAUAAAUGCGCUCCGGAGAGGCGGAGAAACGGGUCCGCUUUCAGAAGCGCUGCAACAGUGGGAGCUUUCACAUGAUGAGCUGAGUUUCCCCGAGCCAGACCUAAUGCGCGAGUUCAUCAAUCUCUUCUUCGAACAUAUCCACAUCUUCAUUCCCAUACUUCACCGCCCGACAUUCGAGAAAGCCAUCGCAGAUGGUCUACACUUUCGCGACAAAGGUUUCGCUGGCGUGGCGUUGCUUGUUUGUGCUACAGGCUCUCGACACUCGGAUGACCCACGUGCCCUCCUUGAAGGCACGAAUAACCGCCAUUCAGCAGGCUGGAAAUGGUUUGUUCAAGUACGUAGGUUACGGCGGCUGAUUUUUGGCGCGCCUCGGCUGUACGACUUGCAAAUGAGCGCUCUUUCUCUACUGUUUAUGUAUGGCUGCUCUCCUCCGCAGGCGUGUUGGAUUAUGGCUGGGGUGACUAUUCGCCAGGCACAAGACGUUGGGGCCCAUCGAAAGAAGGCUUACGCAUCUACGCGCAACAUGACAGAUGAGAUGUGGAAGAGGGCGUUCUGGUGUAUUGUAUUCCUAGAUCGUUUAACGAGCGGUCUUCUUGGCCGACCCUGCGCGAUGCAAGAUGAGGAUAUGGACGUUGACCUUCCUGUUGAAUGUGAUGACGAGUACUGGGACAAUCCCAACCCCACGUUGGCUUUCAAACAACCGCCAGAAAUCUCGCCGAAUAUAUCAUAUUUCAUCUAUCUAUUGAAGCUUCACCGAAUUCAAAAUGUUGCAUUAAGAACCCUGUAUGCGACGAACAAGUCAAAGCACCUGCGCGCAAACACCAACCCGCGAUGGGAACAGGAUGUAGUCAUCGCCUUAGAUUCCGAGCUGAACAAGUACAUUGACUCUCUUCCUGAUCAUCUACGCUGGGACCCAACGCGCGAAAAUCUCGUUCACCUCAAGCAAUCUGCCUGCCUGUACGCUUCGUACUACGCCGUGCAAAUACUUGUACAUCGCCCAUUUAUCAUGUCCACGCGUAAAUCCUCCCUCCAGUCUUUUCCGUCGCUCGCCAUCUGCACGAAUGCAGCGCGUGCAUGCAGCCACGUGCUUGACAUUAUGCGGCGUCGUACAGGUAUCAGGAUGUCGCCCAAUUUCCAGGGUCCGGCUUUUGUUGCCGGCAUAUUUCUCCUAGUCAAUGUAUGGGGACGAAAAAAAUCUGGGAUGUCGGUCGACACCGCGAAGGAGAUGAAGGACGUUCACCUUUGCAUGCAGGUUCUAAAGGACAGUGAGACCAGGUGGCCUGUUGCAGGAAGAUUGGUUGAUCUUCUGUCUGAACUGGCAUUUGCGGGUGGUCUACCCCCUUUGCAGCCUAGUCCACCGUCGUUGAAGCGGGGCAGAAACCCGGAGGAUGCGUCCUCCCGACGUACUGCCUCGUCUUCCUACCAGCCCCCAUUCCUUGAUCCUCCAUCAUCAAUGUCUUCGUCAAAUCCCAUAGACGUCAUGAAUGAUGGAUCCAGCGUAGAUUUCGGCUCCACAGAAUGGCUUCUACCUCCAGUCGACCAAAUGCGGAUGUUCGCUACAGCCCAAGCCCCGACGAUGUCGCAUACGAGUGCGUACUCCUAUGCGACACUUCCCGAACAUUCCGACGAGCUUCAGCAUAUCCCAGUGGACUGGCGGUCCCAGGAGUUCCAGCCGAUGGUGCAAGAGCCCUCUCUAGAUCCGCUGCUCCAUUUUUACAACAUGCAGGACGCCAUACAGACUCCAUCUUUCGGCCAUGUGCCCUUGAACUAUGCAAAUACCGAUCCAUUCCUGCAUGGCACAUCGCAGAUACCACCGGUGGGACCUAUGGGCGGAGGCGAAUCUCUUCCGUUGGACCUUUCCAAUUUCGGCGACCUUCCACCGAAUUUGCAGCUGAACUUUUACCCUGAUUUGAACGUACAUCCAAACUUGAAAUCUCCCAUCUCCGACCAGGCUCAUGACACAGAGAACGUGGAGAACAUUCUCCAAGGCAUGCCAGAGCUGGGCAAUAACGAACUCAGAGCCAUGUGGGCGAGUAUGCCUGCUGGUGUAAUGGCCGACGACUGGCGAACGUACAUAUCCAAACUCGCAAACACGACAUCUGAUACUAUAUAUUCCCACCCCGAGAACUCCUGAGGGGUCCGUAUACUCUGACGCGGAGCCGGAUGACUUUGGAGCGAACGGAUGGACGAACGACACUAUGAACGAGUAACACGAUGAUACCCCUUACACGAUGUCUGUAAUUCACCGAAACGCGACUGCUGUCGCGUCCCUCUAUAGUAUUCACAAAGAAACAGAUGCCCAGGCUC